CCUAGUUGCCUAUAUUGGCAUCCUCGGUGGUUAGCCUCUAUUUCCUUGAACUCACGGAUGUCUUCAAACCUGUGCACUCUGGAUUCAGCUGCUAUGACCGCAGUCUUAGUAUGCCGUACAUUGAACCAACCCAGGAGGCAAUACCAUUCCUCAUGUUGCUUAGCUUGGCUUUUGCUGGACCUGCAAUCACGAUUAUGGUCGGGGAAGGAAUCCUCUACUGCUGCCUGUCCAAAAGAAGGACUGGGGUUGGACUGGAGCCCAACAUCAACGCCGGAGGCUGCAACUUCAACUCCUUCCUGAGAAGAGCUGUUAGAUUCGUUGGUGUUCAUGUGUUUGGACUCUGCUCCACAGCUCUCAUUACAGAUAUCAUACAACUGUCCACAGGCUAUCAGGCACCGUACUUUCUGACUGUGUGCAAGCCGAACUAUACCUCUCUGAAUGUAUCUUGCAAAGAAAACUCUUACAUUGUAGAAGAUAUUUGCUCAGGAUCUGACCUGACAGUUAUCAACAGUGGAAGAAAGUCAUUUCCUUCUCAACAUGCGACCCUCGCAGCAUUCGCAGCUGUGUAUGUUUCGAUGUACUUCAACUCAACAUUAACGGAUUCCUCUAAGCUUCUAAAACCUCUCCUGGUUUUUACAUUUAUCAUCUGUGGGAUCAUCUGUGGUCUAACACGAAUAACUCAGUAUAAGAACCACCCAGUUGAUGUUUACUGUGGCUUUUUAAUAGGAGGAGGAAUUGCUCUGUACUUGGGUCUGUAUGCCGUGGGAAACUUUCUGCCCAGUGAGGAGGCUAUGUUUCAGCACAGAGAAGCUCUGAGGUCUCUGACCGAUCCUAACCAAGACCCCAGCCGAAUGUUGUCUGCUAAAAAUGGGAGCAGUAGCGAUGGAAUUGCUCACACUGAAGGCAUCCUCAACCGCAACCACCGAGAUGCCAGUUCCUUGACAAAUCUCAAAAGGGGAAACGCGGACGUAGAAGUCAUCACCCCACGCAGCCCAAUGGGCAAGGAGAACAUGGUGACCUUCAGCAAUACCCUGCCGAGGGCCAACACGCCAUCGGUGGAAGACCCCGUCAGGAGAAAUGCGGCCAUCCAUGCCUCCAUGGAUUCUGCUCGAUCAAAGCAGCUUCUCACCCAGUGGAAAAACAAAAAUGAAAGCCGGAAGCUUUCCCUGCAAGUAAUAGAGACCGAGCCUGGCCAGUCACCUCCCCGAUCCAUAGAAAUGAGGUCAAGCUCGGAGCCGUCGAGGGUCGGGGUGAAUGGCGAUCACCACGGUCCUGGCAAUCAGUACCUGAAGAUCCAGCCUGGCACCGUGCCCGGCUGUAACAACAGCAUGCCCGGCGGGCCACGAGUGUCCAUCCAGUCCCGCCCCGGCUCCUCGCAGCUGGUGCACAUCCCCGAGGAGACCCAGGAAAACAUAAGCAGCUCCCCGAAAAGCAGCUCUGCUCGGGCUAAGUGGUUGAAAGCUGCGGAGAAAACGGUGGCCUGUAACAGGAGCAACAGCCAGCCCCGAAUCAUGCAAGUGAUCGCCAUGUCCAAGCAGCAGGGCGUCCUGCAGAGCAGCCCCAAAAACACGGACGGCAGCUCGGUCUCUUGCACCGGCUCCAUUCGCUACAAGACCUUGACGGACCACGAGCCCAGCGGCAUUGUGAGAGUGGAGGCGCACCCUGAGAACAACCGGCCCAUCAUCCAGAUCCCCUCCACCGAAGGCGAAGGCACAGGCUCCUGGAAAUGGAAGGCCCCCGAGAAAGGCAGCCUUCGCCAAACGUACGAGCUCAACGAUCUCAACAGGGACUCUGAGAGCUGCGAGUCCCUAAAGGACAGCCUGGGGUCUGGGGAUCGCAAAAGGAGCAACAUCGACAGCAACGAGCACCACCACCACGCCAUCACCACGAUCCGCGUCACCCCGGUCGAGGGCAGCGAGAUGGGCUCCGAGACCUUGUCCAUCUCUUCCUCCCGCGACUCCACCCUGAGAAGAAAGGGCAACAUCAUCCUCAUCCCCGAGCGAAGCAACAGCCCCGAGAACACCAGGAACAUCUUCUACAAGGGCACCUCUCCCACGCGGGCUUACAAGGAUUGAGCGAGGGCCCAGAAUGUGGAUGACUCCCAACGGACGACCGAUGGAGCGACCUGUGCUGGGACCCAGCGUGUGAGAAGCCUUCUCCCCAGACUCGAUGACACACCGGGGCAGGGAAGCACACCGCGAGAACCGAACGAAGGUGACCAGGCUUCAACAGAAAGGUUUUGCCGAGGGCAGGAUCAAAAGGAAGUGGUUUCCUUCGAUGCAUACCAUUUUACUUCCUGAGUGUGCCAACUCUGGGGAUAGUUUCGUCCUAAUUACCCGUGGGAAUCAAGAACACGCUUUUCUGUUUUUCUCACAACAGAGGCCAUGCAGUAUUAGAUAUUCAUUUUGGAGAAUCUGCACCUAAAGUUCUAUAUGGAGUGGUGCUGAAAAUUAUAGUACCUAUACAAUGUAAACUCUUCAACUCUUUAGCUGUGAAAUAGUGGUGUGCCAUUCCUUGUCAAAGAAAUGCUACUUUAUUAAGAAGAUGCUGGCUGCUUUGUGUUAGAAUAGGACACCCCCGCACCUUCACUCUAGAGGCUUUGUCACAGUUCAACAUCGAAAUGGUUUUGUGCAUUUCUUUCAGAAUUAUGCUUUCUUCAACAACAAAAACUGCAUAGACAUGUCAGUGAAAGGGACUUGCUCAUAUAUUCCUGCAUAGUUUCUCUGCUCCUUACCUUUUAUUUACGUACAGGUACUGCUAAUGAAGAAUCUGUUCUUUAGUGAGUCAAUUUGCAUAAUUCAAAUACAUAUUGUUUCAGAAAGUGUUUUACAAUUAUUGUGAUCAUAUUUUGCAUUUUAUGGCAUUUUAUUUAUUGAUUUUUUAAAUUUUUGAUGUUAUAGAUAGUUUCUAUUUUAAAAGCAAAGAUAACCGUUGACAUUCCUUGAGCAAAGUAUACAGCUGUGAGCUUAUAAACAAAUACAAACAAAAUAAUCAGAAUCAACACUUUACAUUUGGGUUACAUGGCCAAUAAUAGUGGUCAAGUCUAUCCUUGUCUGUCACUAAAUAGCUGGCUUAGGUUGCUGGCUUAACAAAUAAUCCAAAACUUCCAUUUGGUUCUAUAACUCUUUCUGGUACACCGACCAGCAAAUUAGAGCCACAGUGGUGGGGUUUUACUCUCUCCCCCCAAAUAUUAUUGUUAAUUAGACAGCAACAAGAAGAGCUAGAAAAAUGUAAAUUGGUAAGUAAAGGUAUCUACAUUAUAAACUAAGAAUGUACUACUGGAAAACAUCUGAAUAGGCACAGUUUAGUGCGUAAGAUGCCAAACAACAACAGUUUUUGCUACCUAUGCUGAAUGAAGCCUUGAGCCUAAAUCAAAGGAAACCAAUACUAUCAAUAAGAAGAACAUAAAAGAAAACAUUUUGAAAUGGUUUCCAAUUUAAAAACGUGUGUGAUAUUUUCAGUAAGAAGAAACACUUGGUUCUUGAAAUUUAUAUUAACCUUUUCUACACCAUUUCUUAAGAAUUCUAAUAGACACUUGCUGAGGGGAUAAAACAUAACAAGACCGCCGGUUGACCUGAUCUUAGUUCAGUUUUCAGUGGGAACAGAAAGAAUUGUUUAGAGUUUUAAUCUUAUCACCUUCCCUAGGAAAAGGGCAGAGCUUUCGUAGAGAAACCCACCUCCUAAGACAUGAAGGAUUUCGCUAAAACCAGCAGAAUUGAAAACUCUGGCAAUAAAACAAACUCAGCCACAUCCCUUCUAGCAAUGUCCUUCUCAGAGAGCAAAGUGGGAGUAAAUGAUGCCUUCCCUACUCUCACCACCACCACCAUCAUGGCACUCCUACUGGCUUUGGCCAAUUGAUGAAGAGGGAAAGGUGGGCUGGUUUUAGUCCUCUGAACUCAUAAACAAACAAACAAACAAAAACUGCAGCAUUUGAGGUGCAGUAUGUUAUGUAUUUCCUAAUCUUUCCUAUUUCUACAAAGGAUUUUAAAGUACUUCUCUUGUCAUUGAAGUUUCUUUUCUUUACAUAAAUAUUGAUAUAUUCUUUUUCUACUCAAAGUGCCAAAGGCUACAGUUUUUAAUGACUUAACAAAUUGUAUCACACUGUUAAGGAAAAUAAUGAUAGUCACUAGAACUCAGACCUCUGCAUGUAUAUUUGAUAACACAUCUUUUGUAAAAAUAAAUAAAUAAAGGAAUACAAAAAAAAUAUUUGUUUACAUUCCACUGGUACCUUAAUUUGAAAUAAAUCAGACUAACAGGUGGUAUCCCUUCUUAGUGUUCUAUUUAUUGUAUUUGCUAAUGGGAGCACUUCUUCCUUUGUUAGGCUGUGCUUUAUUGAUAAAAUCAAGUAUUAAAUAAAGAGAGUUAAUUAUCUUUUUAAAGUAAAUAAAUGAUGAAUAUAUAUAAUAUAUAUAAAGUAUUGUGUUUAAAAAAAUGUUAUGCAAUGUUUUCCAAACUGAAAAAGUUUGUAAAGUGCUAUAAAUGUAUUUUGUUAAGUACAGAUCAAAGCUAUUGUGUGAGUAUAUUGUGCUAACAUCAUAGAAAUAAAGAUUAGAUUUCUUCACCAAAA